AUGAAUAUCGCGAACGUUCAUUUCCACGUCCAACUCCCACGUCGCAAACGAUCUACUUCUGAACUUGCGAAAUCGAUUGGUUUACCUGAAGAUGAGCUGAUCGAGUGUCGGCAUAUUAAACCUCAACGAGCUGCGCUUGCAGUAUUUAACAAAUUGUAUGCUACACAUCGUGAACGUGCCAAACUAAUCAGUAUCAAGAAGUUUGCUCGAGGAAAUACUCAAUUACUCAACGACAUUUUGCAAUUCGCUCGUCAAUGUAAUCCAUCUGUUAUAUUUACAACCGAAAAAAUACGCGAAGCUCUCGGCGGUUCUAUUAGACAAUCCAAACAUCAUGUGAACAAGUUCAUGAGUGUAGACUUGAACUUAGUUGGUGUUAAUGAGCAGGAAAUGACCGAUCGCAAUGGUGUCGAAUUAGGAUCAAGCAGCAACAUGUCUGUGGUGGAUGCACACUCAGAAAAUCUUACCGAUAAGUAUUUAAAUCAAAACUCAAUUGCAGAAUUUGAUCAAAUGGAUGAACAAUAA